AUGUUUAGAAGAAGGCCAAAGGUACUAAAUGCAAAACUCGACAAGCAAAGGCACUUGAGAAAGCUAGAAAACCACCAAGAAACUUUCUUGAGCUUUUACACGAGGCAAAUCUGGAGUCUUUGCCACCUCAAGUCCAUCUUACUUAAGAGCAGCAGUAGGGCCUCCAAACCAUAUAUACAUGACGAUACUCGUUGUCUCAAAUUUGUUGCCUGA